UUGACGCCUGAAGCCGGCUCUCGCUUUCUAGCUUCUGGCUGCGCUCAGGAUAUUCGCUAGCCACGCCUCAAGCUCUCGGGCGGAAGCUGAUCAAGUAGGCGUAAGACCGCCUGAAUCUCUCAAAGGCAGAGAAGCACCCUAGCUUUCUUACGAAGCCAUGUUCAACUCACGCACGGCGUCGUCCGCGGCCAUCCGUCGGCUUCAGAUCGAGUACAAGCAGUUGACGUCAGAUCCCAACUCGCUCUUCCCAGCUACUGGACCCAUCUCUGAAGACAAUUACUUGGAAUGGGAGGCCCUUCUACCAGGUCCAGACGACACGCCCUUCGAAGGUGGAGUCUUCCGAGCGACCUUGACCUUCCCAGCUUCCUACCCUCACGACCCACCAGUCAUGAAGUUCGACCCUCCCAUCUUCCAUCCCAAUGUCUAUCCCGAUGGAACGGUCUGCAUCAGCAUUCUCCACGCUGCAGGUGAAGAUCCCAACAUGUACGAAAGCUCGAGCGAGAGAUGGAGUCCUAUUCAGAGCACAGAAAAGAUCCUCCUGAGCGUGCUCAGCAUGCUCGCCGAACCUAACAUCGAGAGCGGCGCAAACAUCGACGCCUGCAAGCUGCUUCGAGAGGACCCAAAGGCGUACGACGAGAAGAUUAGGCAGUCUGUGAGGGAACAGCUGGGCUUGUAAAAGGCUCUCGGUUUGGAAAUCCUUUCUACCUCCCCACUGUGUCGGACACGUCCCACUCAUCAGCAUCGCAGGGCAGAUCUUGAGCCAGCACACCCUUCGUAUCAAGCGGAUGAAUAAGACGUGAAGGAAGCGCGAAGCGAGAAUGAUUCAAGGGCUACGCGAUGGCUUCGUGGAAACAGGACCCAUAGCACCGCUCAACCAAGAGACUGUCUGGCAGGCGUUUCC